GUUCGGUGUAGUCGCUCUCGGCGGUUCUCAGUGGGCGGUCGUGCCGCCCGCCCAGUCGCGCCGUACUUUCGCGCGAGUCUCACUAACGAAAUCACAAAUAAAAAGUUUCGACCAGCUCAUUGAAUCGUGAACUAAACUGUGUUAAGUGUCACUCUGUGUAUUAAGGUGGAGUUUGCUGGAUUUUCUCAGUUUUCCUUUUUAAGAUCAUCCCAAGUGAGAUGCCAUGGAACGCGGCUUCAGCAGUGAGGUGACGUCAUCACCCAGGAUGGAGCAGCGCACCUUCGACGGCACAGCAUGGGACGGCUAGGCUGAACUGACGGGACAGAUACCCUCGACUCAUGGAGGUGAACGGGACGGAAGCGCGGGCCGAGGAGGCCGUGGCGCUCGCGCUUAGCGUCGCCGUCACCGUUGUCUCCGCCAUAGGAUUGCUGCUGAACGCCUAUAUAUUGUUCAUCAUUAUUAUUACUAAACAGCCGGCAUCAGCAUCUUCAGUAUUGCUGGUACACCUGGGCGCGGUGGGAGCGCUCGCCAGCGGCGCCGCGCUGUGUGGCGGCGGCGGCGCGUGCGCCUGCAGUGCCUUGCUGCACGCGCUGCACCCGCUGCAGCUGUGGACCGUUUGCGGCCUGCAUGCCGACCGCGCGGCCGCCAUUGCCGCACCGCUACAUUAUGCCGCUAUUGUGUCUGCCAAGAAGGUAAUGAUUUGCGUGGCGGGUGGCUGGGUGGCUACGGCAGCUCUUCUGGUCCCGUUAGCUGCAUCACAGCCGCCCCUGGCCUACAGUGCUGGGCUGGGCAAUUGUGCACCCGACUGUGGCGCCGGGCCGGCUGCGCUCGGAUUCUGCCUCGUGUACGCGUCGCUCACUCUGCUGCUGCCCGCAGCUCUCGUUCUUCUCUGCAGCCUGAAGAUCCUACGCAUAGCUCGUUACCAUCGACAUAGGAUCGCGGCGGCUAUCUACGAAGUGACACUAUCAGCGCAAGUGACAGUCACACACCAAAGAAAUCCUUUCUCCCCUCCACCACCACCACGCCGAAGAGCUCUGUCGGCAGUUCUCCAGCCACUCGGUUCGCUGGCUAUUUUGUACUUUCCAUAUUAUUGCGUAUUGAUAUGGCCUGCUGUGGCUGUGCCGCCGCAGCCAAUAGCCGCUCUUUCAGCGGCUUUGCUAGCGGCUGCACCACCAGUUAACGGUAUUUUAUAUGGUAUAAGAAGUCGAGCGUUACGCGAUUCUCUUCGUAAUUAUAGAAGGAAACGAAUGACUAAAAGCGAAGUUACACAAGAAAUACAAGCAAGGACUCCUAGCGCGUGUGGAUCUCGUAGACCUUCUUUAUCCGCGGGGUCAGGAUGCAUACGACCGCCAACAACUAGGAGGUUAUCUGACGCGGCAGCGAUGGGGUCGCGAGGGUCCGAGCGGCCUGCUCAGCGGGCGGCGUCGUGCAAUAUGCUACAAGACUCACAGGAAGAAGAGACUCCACGGCCACGGACGUCGGCCAUCCCAAUCAUUCGCGCUCCGCCGCACGUGGUGCUGGGUCGUGCACUGGGGCUGGAGGAGAUGGGCGGCCGGGACCGGCGGCGGCGACAGUCCCCGCGUAUCACGGUGACGCGUGCCAUGUCUGACGAGAGCGAGUCGCCGACGCGGCGGCCGCUGUGCCGCCAGCAGUCGCGCUCGAGCGGCGCGCUGCUGGGCGGGCUGCCGUACUCGCCCGCCAUCUCCGAGCACGUGCACCUCGACAGCCACGCCGACGAACAGCUGCUGCUCACUUGGCCGCAGAACGGCACUCAUGACAAACACGACGCUUUAUAAAACGGGUAUUAAGCUUAGAGUAGUCGCUCAUGUAUGUGCGUAUAAAGACAAUAACUGUGUGUGUGUGGUUCGAAGUCAAAUGCUUCGGUGUUUUGAGAUGUUAUUUUUUAAUCGCUUCGUCCACCCGUGUCUCGACCUCCCCGGGCGGUGACCAAAUAUAUAAAGUUUCCUAUGACUAUUUACAACUGUAUCGUAGGCGUACGAUUUCUCCUACAGGGUUCCUCCAUAUCGUUAGCUUUACCUACUGAAGUAUUACUUUAGUGUAUCGUAAAGAUAAUUUCCGAAAUAUUCCAUAGGUUUAGUGAGAUAUGAGAUUUCGUUGUUUUAUUUUUUUAUGACCUGUUUUAUUUUUAAGAUUAAUGUCAAUAGUGCAACGCGUAGGAUCGAACUAGGUUUUUCUCCUGUGACGCAUCUUAACCGUUGGGCUGUUGUCAUUUUACUUGUAAAUUAAAUUAUUUUUAUUAAAAAAUAAAAAUUUAAGGAUUUAGUUACACACGUACAAACGAAGCCAAAUAUAUUUUUAUAGUCUGCUUACCUCCCUAGUUGAUUGAUUACAGUUUUAAAGCCAGUUAUUUAUAACAUCGUCAGCAUUUAUUUUUCGUCAAUGAGCCAGGUUCAUUGUACAUUUUCUGCCAACAUUGUGUACCUAGAUAAUAAAUAACGUAUAACUCAAUAUGAAUGGAAUAAUUGAAAUUAUAUAUUUAUUUAUAUAUAAAUAGUUGUUAGGUCCAGAUGCGUAAGUAAAGACCAAGGUCAGAGGCUUAUUAGUAGGUAUAUAGAUCGCAGUUGUUUGUCGAACGAUAGCUAGGUAUAUACAAAUAUAACUUGUGUAUAUAAAUGUCUUAGGAUGUACAACCUUGUGUGUUAUUUGGCCUAGUUCCAGAUGGGCCUAGGUUUGUUAAGUUGAGUGCACAUAGGUUUGUUAAGAGAUAGUUUACAUUGCAACGCUUUUACGCAUCGCAACCGUCCAAGUUGGGAACUCCUGUGACUUCAGUGUCACUACACGCUUACACAGAUUAGACCGAACUUCUGUUAGUUUAGCAGGGAAAGCAAUCUCUUACUUCACUCUCGCCCCAAGUAGCUUCAUCUGUACAGAUUUUGAUUAAAAAUUAGUUAAUCUUGUUGUUAGAUAAACUGUGGUUGACGUUCGAUUACGUUGCUUUUAAAAAACACCGGGUUAAAUUUUCAAAAAUAAGCCCUUGGUUUUUUAAUUGAAAAAUACGAGUACGUCUUCUCUGUUUAGUGUAAUCACAACUUUAUUGCGUACAAAAGAAGUACUAUUUUCUUUACCGACAUAGUUAAUGACUUACAUACGAUGAUAUUCACUAUUAUUUUGCCCAAUACUCGUUUGGCCCCCAGGGAUGUAUAAUAAGAAGGCGUUUCUACACAAAAUAUGGACCUAUUUUUUGGAUUAUACCUUUGUUUAUUUAUGCCAUCAGUAUAUACUAGAAUAUUUCGGCCUAUAUAGUUUCAUUUGCGCUAUUUUUAUAACUAUUUUAUGUACCUAUGACCUGAAACAUUUCAGGAUAAAAAGAUGUAUUUUUCUCCAGUCUUUGCGAAAAUUCAAAUAUCCAAUGUUUUGAUGAAACGUUCAAAUAUUCAGAUUUUUUCAGGUAAUUAUUAAUUUAUAUCUAACCUAGUCCACAGUACGCUUAUUGAAAGUUGAGGCCAAUAAAAAUGUUAUUAUUGAGCUAAGAAAAUAUUAUAUUUAUGUAUUUUUGAAAUGUUAUAAGUAUUUGAAAUCACUGUUGACCUUAUUCGUAAGUUGUAUAUUUCUAGUAAAUUGUAUAUUUGUCUAUGUACCUACAGUCGAAUGCUUCUUGUUCCGUUUAUUAAAUGGUGUUCUCGGAAAACCAUUUACAUACAUACCUAGUUUUUUAUUGAUUGUAAUGACUAUAUAAGAGUAUGGGCAACUUUUGUUUUUGGUAAACCAUAAAGUGUAUAUUUUUGAAAUAGCGUAUCUGAUGCCAUAUUACAAAGUAUAAAAUUAGCCAAAAUUUUGCAAAGCAAAUUAUGAAAAAUGUGUUAAUAUAUCUAGCCUGUAUUUAAUAGACAUUUGUAUAUGACGUCUAAGAUUUAUGUUUUAUUUGCUUAGGUAUAUCGUAUUUAUUACUCUACAUAAUAAAGGUACGUUUUAAAUUCUAGCUGCCGACUGUACCUAACAGCAAAUUGAUCCAAAACGUUUUCGUACCCAAACCCGUAUUGCAGCCGUGACCGAUUUUAUGCGGACCGCAGCUAGCCUUCAAAACGAACCUUAAAAUGUAUUCAUACCUACUCAUCCAUUAUCACAAAGCCAAAUAUUAGUUUAUUUUCAGGAAACCAAGUUUCCUCCACAGAUUGGAAGGAGAACAAAAAGUACGAAUCUAUUUUUCAAAAUAUUUAUUAAUUGUACCAUUGUUCAAGCUCCUCCAAAAGUAAUUUCAUAGUUUAUUAGUGGAUGGUGACAGCAUAUUGUUUUCGCAAUGUUUUCUUAGAAAAGUGAUGUAGACAUAGUGUAAAGAUAAAUUAUUUAUAAAGAAAAGAUUUAAAUGUCGUUGUUCGAUGAUAAAUGUUUAAUAUAAAGUAAAUACGAAUUGUUAUUCUAGUCAAUGAGCUGUUGUUUUAUGUCUGUGUUAAUUUUAAAUUAUGUAUUAGAGAUUAAUUAAAUAACAC